AAGCGAUCCACCUCUUGCUUUGAUAAAAGGAACGCAAAAAAGUGAAACGUGUGUCCUACUGUUUGUGUGAGAGCUGGAAGUUGUAAAAAGAUCUAGAUUGCGAGUGGCACGUUCUCAGAAAUCAAAAUGGAUGGCAACGAAGGCCGUGCGCCCGCGGCUGCAAAACUUGUGAAUUCCGCCCAACAGCGACCUCCCACGGCACAGCCGGAUCGCAGCAAUGAGAACGACGUCGAUAUGGAAAUCGUAGCAAACGACCCAGAUCAUGAUCCGCAUAACCCAACGGAAACGGAUUUGUUGCACGAGCUCGCCGAGCAGAAGCUGUUCGAAAUUCCGAAGCACGAGGUGGUGGAGAAAAAGUGGGCGCUGUUGAAGAACCGUUUCGGGUUUUACGGGGACAAGUACCAACCAGAAACGAUUGAAGAGCUAGACUACGGCAUCGAACAGGUCACCUACACGGAGAAAGUCCUCGAUGACAGCAACUUCCCGCACAUGUUGUUCGUCGGCCCGGCCGGGUCCGGGAAGAAGACCAGGAUAUUGUGCUUGUUGAGGAGGAUGUUCGGGAAAAUUGCGAUCAACGAAUCCAAAGUGGUGCACGCGAAGGUGAACAACGUGGACGUCAAAUACAUCGAGUCGCCGGUGCACACAGAACUGGACGUGUCUUUAUCCGGGUCGAAAGACUCGAAAGUUUUGUGCUCCCUAUUGCUCCAGGGUGUGGAGGCGGCCGAGGCGACUGCGAAGGGCGGGAGCAAGACAAAAGACAACAACGGAGGCGGUGCAAAUAACUUCAUGAACAAGAAAAAACCGCUGCUCGGGCAAGGCGGGUUUUUUCAGCCACAGCAGGUAGGGGGUGACGCAUCAAAUGUAGCAGACAUAAAAAACGCAGGAAAAGAUAUACCCGCGGGAAGUACUAUCGACCGCCACGAGCCGACGAACACGCGCGGCAAAAACAAAACCCCGCCACCCCUCAUCCGGGUGUUUGUCAUCUACAACGCAAGCUUGCUCUCCAUGGAGGCGCAGUCCGCGCUGCGCCGGACGAUGGAAAUCGUUUCGAAAUACCGGAAGGUUUUUCUGGUCUGCCAGGACGCACAACAGCUAAUUGACCCGAUUCAGGGCAGGUGCACGCGCGUCAGGAUAUGCAGCCCGGACGACCAAACAAUCUGCAGAAUACUGGCCAGGGUGGUGGAACGUAUUUAUUUUUGAGUAUUUUUUGUCAUCGAUUUCGUACGAUUUUUAUUUUUUGCUGCAAUGAUAGAUUCCGACGCCAAGAACACGAUAAUUUUGCCACAACGGGAGGGUUUAGUAGCGGUAUGUGCAUUUUCAUCUGUAUGUAAAUCCACCGUCGCUAUCUAGUUAUCCGACCACUCCAGGCGAGCGGCUCGCGAACCUGGUUGACCUAAAUUACAACCCGACGAUUCUCGACGAGCUUUACCAGCACAUUACUAGUCACGUGAAAGGCGACUUGAAGCAGGCACUGUGGAUGCUGCAGGCCUCCUUUGCGAAGAAAUCUUCGGAGGCGAAACUGAUCCAGCCCGUGGUACCCGAGUGGGUCCGAGUGGUGGAGCAGAGGAUUGUGAAGAAAAUCCAAGAAGACGACUUCAACAGCAAUGAGACGCUCGGGAAGGUGGAUAUUGCCUUUGAAGGGAUUGUUUUCGCGGUGGAGCAAUUGCUCAUCUCCGUCGAGCCGGAAGUGCUGCUGAUGCAUCUGAGGCGGAAGUACUUGUUUUUUGUAAAACGAUAACGAUUAUUUGGGCUGUCAUUAUUUUACGUUUAGAUUCUUGGUCUUGCUAUGUUUCGGCAUGCAGAUCCAGUAUGCCAAGCAAUGCCGUCUACUUCAUCUCUCCAGGUUUCUUUCUGAGCUUGACUUCUACAAGAAGUCCGUGUACGGGCGCACGCAGCUGCUGAAACAGCACUGCGAAAUCAUCCAGCGGGUCCGGAACAACAGCGCUUUUUCCUCCUCCGUCUCGCCGAUCGCCAACUCGACGGUGAUGCUCCACGUGCUAGCGUUUAUCAGCUUCGCGAUCGGGCAGAUUUUUGACAAAAAGCAGAAGGACGACGACCGGCAUAUGCGGCGGAGUUUACUGGAAUUCUACCAGCAACGACAAGCAGAGGAAGCCGACCCGGUCUUACAAGAGAAAUUAAAGCAGCAGAGAAUGGGGUUGGACAAACCAAAAUUGACGCUGUUGUGAGGGACAGGGGGUUUGUAUGGUGCAUACAUAUUUUAUCAGCUAAUUCUGUAUUUGUUCAAU